AUGCGUGGCGCAUUUACAUGGGGUCUAUUGAAGCAGUACAAAGAGUCUACCAUGGAGGCUGAUAAGAUUGUUAUCCUAGAACAAUUGGAGGAAAGUUUGCAUAAGGUUACACUCGCUUUUUUCACAUUUGUUCCUAUUGCCCUAGUUUGAGACCGCGGAAGAUUUCGCUAAAACUGGUGGGUUGACCGAGCUGGCGAGCAACUUAUCAGACGUGUCUAAACCCUUGAAGGCAAAGAUAGUGCGAUGUUUGUCAGCAGCCGUACAAGGGUAGGCGCACUGUGAUUGGCCCUUCACGUUUUCGCCCAGCCUAUUUAAACUAAGAUAGCGGAAUAUGAAGCAAUCAAAGUAGGCGAUUAAGCCACGUCUAUCGAAGGACUGGACGACAAAUGGAUUACUAUCAAGUAGCCCUCUUUUUAAUAGCUCAACAUACGAACGACUGAUCUCGUUUCAGCAAACUACCCAACUGAGUUGAAUAUAUUCAAUCAGUUUAAAGCGCUGCGGAAUGUAAUUAAAAUGCAUCCUCAUAUUUAGAAGCAGGUUUACGUACUAAGAUUGCAUAACCUGUCUGGAAAAAUGCAUGAGUUGUUUUUUAGUCCUAUGGAGAGGUUUCUGUAAUUUCGCAAGUCCUACCCGAAAUCGUGCCUUCUGUGAAAUAUGAAAAUGAAAACAAAACUUUACUUGCCUCUCCUGUCAAACAUCAAAUUCAACCUUGUCGGAACGAUUUUCACCUACAGUUUCAUAAAUUUCAGGUUUUCGAGGCAAAAGAUAUGAAACGUGUUGUUAGGCCGAUACUUGGGAUAAACGCGAUUUCCGAAGGCCUUAUGUUUUGAAACAACGUUAGGUCCCUUGCUGAGAUAACCACUUCAAGUAUUUUUGUCCUAAUCUCUGUUAGCAACUCACCGUCGAAGCACAGCUGCAUAGCAUUCAGUUCGCAUUUUCGGAUAAGUCGGAAUAUCUACUUUGGCAUGAUGGUUUUAUGCGUGACAAUAAGAAGUUUAGGACAAAUCGACGAGGCUAUAGUGGAACGAGCACGCAUUUCCACUUUGCUUUUAAAUCUUGAUUUGAAGAAUAUAUACAUACUAAGGUGGCUUGGGCCGCUACAACUGUUCCCUUACCCAAACCCCAGCAUUCAACUAACGGCUUAUUCUGGUCAUUUAUUUUUUCAUAAUAAGAUGCGAUCCAGUGAAAAAAAUCAUGUUCAAGGCUGGCAUUCUUGAGCAGAUGAACUCCUUAUGGCGGCAGGAAUUAACCAGCGAAUCGCCGAGCGCCAGAUUUUUGGCAGACUGUCUACUCGUGGUUUCCUCAAUGCUUCGAAACUAUCCGGCCGCACAAAAUGCAUUCUUUUCUGAACGGUCGGACACGGGAGAUGCAGUUGCCUUUUCUCUUCUCCGCAGCACUACGGAAUCACCUGCAUGGACGUGCUAUGACAAAUAUUGUCGCAGACUUAAGUUUCGUAUUUUCCGUCUUUUGGGCGAUCUCAUCGAUGAAAGGGUAGGGCUUCUUUUAAAAGUCCACAGUCCAAUAUAAUUUACACCAGAAUCUACCCUACACCUAAAAUUAUACUAGUCCUGGUUGGCUAAUUAACUUUGUUUGUAGUAACAGGUGUAUUUCUGGGCGCACUAUCUGUCUUGAUUAUUAUUCACUUGCAGUCUUUUCUAUGCGUGUUGACUCUACUUGCCUUUUGACACAUUUUUUGUCAGAAUUACCUCAAGGAAAUGGAAGCCGAAAAACGCAAAAUCUACUCUGAGUAAGUACUACUUUAGUGCAUUUUCGCGUUGUGUUGGAGAGACAGGUUCCUUAAAAUCAAGAGAGAGAGAGAGGGGAUAGAUAAUAAAUUUUUCAUAAUAACACAAGCUUGUGAGCAAUCUCACAGAUAGAAUCUCCUGCCUGAUUGCCUUAUUGGACGACAUUCAUGCGACCUUUCACCAAAUAACAGCAUUAAACUAUUAGAAACUAUUCAAAGGUAUGAAGGUAAUAAACUACGGGGUACCAAGCACUCCAAGGUGCAUUUGACUCCCUCUGGCAUGCUGCCACAUAACAACUUUGUCCUUUAAGGUUUGACCUGCCUACAGAAAUCAGGAAGCAUGGUUGGUGUCACCGUGUAGUGGAAUUAGUAUUGGAUAGCGAACUGCUCAAUACGCAUGUCAAUCUGGAGAGUGCUCUCGAAUGCGGAAAGGAGAUCGCGCAAGCAUGCUCGCGAAGAGACUUAUUCGCGGAGGACCAGGAGCCUGAAAAGCUCGCAGCCAAGCUAGACGUCCUGGAAACUGAGUAUGCGGGUCUCGCUAGAGCCGAUACAGAAGACGAUCUUCAGUACUACGAGAAAGUUCGUCGUUUGGUGGUGGACUUCCGAAAGGCUGUCUACGGCAGUGACUCACUUGCCACACCAACGCCGAUCCAUGUUUGAUUUUCUUUGAUCACGCUUGUAUCCAUUUGGCUCACGGCUUCACUGGGUUAUUUCAUUCUAGAAUAUAUUUUGCAGUUUGACAUCUUUCUUGCUUGCAUUCUACUAAGUCGAGCUUGAGGAUUUUAAAGCAGAGUCGAAGCCCUAUGCAGGCGUUGCAUUAGUCGUUACCUUAUCUGUAGAUUUUGGGCAUGGGAGGCGGAGCAGGAAAUCUCAAAUUUUAAUCGACUUGAUUUGGGGAAGUAUUCUGCUGUACAGUCGUCCGGUUUGGACAUAUUUUGCGUAAAUACUGUAUUUCCGUUCAACAAUUUUGGAAAUUAUUCUGACGGUCAAUUUGUUCCUUAGUCUUUCUGCGUACGUGCUGCGUGACUUUCGUCAUUUUUAUACAAAUCGAUAGGCAACGUAAUCGAUCGGUCGAAUACUUAUGUUACCAGGCAAUAUAUUUAUAUUGUUACGGUGUUUCUGAAAAUCAAUAGAAUAAGAGAGGCGAAAGAUAAGUUUUAAUAUUUCAUUCUGAGCCAACGAUCUAGGCCAUUUCUUGCUUUAAUGCUCUAGCGACGGCAGCUGGCUCCGUGAAGUUCUCUGACUCAAAUAGUGUGACCUCGUGUAGCUGCGAAUUCAUGACUUUUAAGUGCGGAAGGAUUUGAUUGUGCGGGAUUUUCUUCAUGAUUUGACGGGGUUGUCGGACAAAACCGAUGUGACCCUCCAAAACCCCAACACUAGAGGUCCACAAUUAAGCCGAGAUCUUCUCAUUCAGGUAGGGAGGUCAAAACUUGGUUGAUCACCAAAAGUUCCGGACCUGAUUUGGAUUUUUCGCACUUUUACAGAAGUUCGUUGUUGGAGUCAGGGUAUACGGGAAUAAAUGAGUAAGGUUUAUUGUGACCGCUUACGGGAUGCUCAAAGGUGCCCUCUUCUGGAUACUACUUCAUUGCUACGAAUUGAGAUGCAGGAUCUAAUACAUGAUUUUGUAGAAGCCCCAGUCUGAUUCUAUUCUAGGUUGCUUCUUGUCCAUGUGAUCUGCUUCUACGUCCGAGGAACCUGGUCGUGACCUAUUUUUUCAUGGUUGGCAACGAACUGGGGUAACCGAUCACACCAAUUGCACUGAGUCUGUUCUCAUGUAGGUUGGAGCUCGAAUCUCCUAUCCUCUGGCGAUCUCAGAACAACUGGGCUAUUGUCAAACGCCUUGUAGGCCCUUGCUUGAUCUUCGCUUCUGACAAGCCGUUGUCGUUGACAGAGGUCGGAAUGCUUGUUCUUUCGGCUACCGAUCAUUGGUUGACUCCUACCGUGCGCAACCCAGUUACUGGCAGUCAGAAAUCGAGGCUAAAUUGAAUCGAAACUUGCUUUUCCGUCAAGUCUGAUUUAGCUAGCACACAGAAUCCCCCGCCUUCUACUUACCUCUCUGUACGAAUGUGAAGUAGUGGGACCCGAAACCGAUCGCUGAUUGGUCAAAUGGGCCGAUGCGUGUCCUUUACUGACGGCUCUACUGACUGUGUUAGCUGGGGUUAUGAACCAUUUCACAUUCUCAAAAACUACAAUGAACAAACAUCACGUACGGUUAAUUUACUUUUUUUCCUAGACAGUGACGAAAAUUAAUUCAGCAAACAUUUAUUCGAAAGAAUGUUGCCGUGGCCGAGACAGGUUAAUUUAAAUUCCGGUGUUCCAGACAGCAAAAAUGCCUAACGAUCCCCAUAAGGCACGUAAACCUGCUUACAUUUCGCGCUACACGACGAGCCAGACGUUUAGAUUAAUGGUAACGGAUAUGAAAAAAAAACGAGUGUUUAGUUAUUCAUGGACAGUAAAGUACCCGUUAUCGAUUCAUAUUGACCCAACUGUGAAAAACUCGGCGGCUCAGUGGGAUUCGGACCCAUGCAUUAAGGUGCAGGCUUUAGUACAACCAACGCUCUAACCACUUAAGCUACGAGACCCCGCCGGACGACACGACAUUAAUCACAUUUGGGUCAAGUAACCUGCCCAACCUACUGCAACGUCUGGAAUCCACCAAAUCUGAUACAGUAAUUUGACUGCCCAAGUAGGAUUGUCUAAGUUAUUCACCUAAAAUUCACCAGAUGACUACCAGGCUCACGUAAUUCAUAGAUGUUAUCGUUUUCAGUGUUGAUGAUUGUCGAGCCGCAUAGCUACACGUUUUUUCUCACUUGCCGCGGAUCUGUCCUUUUAUGUGUUAGUAUCGGUGAAGUAGGUCGUUUUGCCGAUUGAAGGGUCGCUCGCAACUGCUACAUGGUCGAUACCUCAGGCAAGCCGCGUGAAUGCGUCAAAGUCGGAGUUUGCAUCCAUUUUCAGCGAUAUGGGCUUGAACCUGUGACUUUGGAUCUAGCCUCCUCCCUGCUAUUCACUGCUCAUACACCAUCGUUCGCAGUUGUCGGUCGGAUUCCCUGACAGCCCGGCACCGGAUAGUAGACGAGGGUACACAACUCAGAACUGUUGGCUAUAGUUUCCUUCUAUCCUUAACGGAAGUUAUUAAUAAGACUUCUUUUGUCUAAUCAUUCCAGCUAUUGGUGGGACCGUACUUGCGGCCUCUCGUUCACUUCGUGCUUCUGGAGAUGAGUGCAUACGGAUCUGUCAGUGGGGAAUGCAGAUUCUGUGGAAGUGGGCCAUCUGGUAUUCCCUGAUAACUCACAUCAAACAAAUUGCACAUGUUGUUCAGCAGAAUACCGCUCACGCAUAAUCAUUGAGGGAAGUAUUCAUCCGGAGAUUUUUAAAAAAGUUGGGUCGAAUCUUAUUUCAUAGCCGUACCUGCAACAGACAAGCCGCAGCCUAGCCCCCAACCCUAACCUCUAAUCCCUAAUCCAUAACCCCAGCCCCCAACCUUAGUCCCCAACCUCUAACCCUGAUCCCUAACCCUUAAUCGCAACCCCUAAACCUACUCACUCCCCCCUAGCCCCUAACCCUAAACCCUAACAGGUUUGGCUUUGAAAUGAGGUCUUGCCAAAAGUUGACGAUACCCGUGAAGUCUCCCUGCUUCAGGAGGGGAGUUAUGGGUGGUUGAAAUUUGAUUGAAGAGAUUUCCGGAGUGAUUGAUGCAUGAACACUACCCGCCGAAGAACUGGUGGAGACCUAGCCCCUAACUCAAAGGUAGCGAAUGCCGCAGGCCUAAUUGCUUCUGAGGCUAAUGCAUGCAAGUCGAGCAGUGUCUCAGUCACCAGACCGAUUACUAUCUCCCUUGUAUUUCGAGAACUCUUGAAUUCAAAUAGUCGGCAGAAUUUUUCACUUCAAAAUUCGUUGUGAUGUCUAAAGCCCGUUCAAUGGGAUGCCAAACUGCCCGUCGUUGGGCACUUUUUAAUGACCUUCCUCUGAGGUAGAGUUUACUGUCUGCAGACUCCUGUGAGAUCACGGUGACUGAUGGCUUAAUUUAAAUAGUGUCGCCUCAAUAAAGGGAAAACAGAUGGCAAGAUUCAUGAAUUAAGAUUCCAAGACUGACCGUGUGAAAAAAGGAGGACGUCUGCAUCACAUGGUUACUUACAGACCUUUACUACAGACCCCUGAUAGACUGCUUUCUGUGUCAUAGGCCUCGGAGUCUGUGGACUUCAUGCUGGCUAUGAAGCCUGACCCUUACGUGUGAGUUGCGCGACAAAAGUGACAGACAUGUGCACCCUCUAAAGUUCACGCGACAAUCCAAGCAUGGGCUGAGGGGCGUUGGACUGUCUUCACUAACAUGCACCCUCAGCAUAGACGGCAGACUUGGUGAUUUGGAUUCACUUCGUGUGCAUCGUGUGCUGGGUCAAGCACAGGGCCGCACAUGAGUGAAGGAAAACAAUUCGGUUCAGCAGACGGUGAACCCAAGAAAACCAGUGGUCAUCGUGCGCACUAUAUGGCCUCCAAGGUGUGCGUAAGUCGAGCACGCAUAAUAUUUAGGAGCCAAUUUUGGACCCUGCUGGCGUCGCUUCUGUUCACUUCUGUCGACCGUGAACACGUUUUGGGGUUUCAAUGCUUGGAGAAGGAAAAAAUACCAGGUCAUCCGUGCACUUGGUCUACUAGAACCAACUGAUUUGUAAGCGCGAAUUCUGUUAUUGUAAUUAGCGUUGGCGACCGUGUAGAAUGUGUUUAUGGGCGUCCUUCACUCUCAAUAGGAUCCAACCGAUAACCGGUGAGUAUUUCUAACCUGGACAUAAUUGCCCGAAAGGCUAUUUCCAUCUAUUUUAACUGAACAGUUAAUCAUACACCAACUAGAGGUCAGGAAGACUCCCAACUGAUCGAUUUUCCGGCUUGACCGCCGUACAGUGUACUGCACAUGUCUCACGGGGUCUUACUGACGCUUCCUCUCUUGUCUAAAUAACCAACCAUAUCUUGAGAGUUUACAAGUUCAGUGGCUGGUCUUAGACGCAAUCAUGAUCUCUCACAAGAAUAAUACCGGCAGCUGAAGGGGCUCCCUAUGGUGUUACCCAUCUCCAGCUUUCUUGUUGAAGCCACAGGGCAACAAUUAUGAGGUACGGCACUAUCAUUGACUAUUUAAAGGAGGAAGGAGACGUAUAGGAAAUUAUAUGCGACACCUGUAGUGCAGGGUACUGUGGUCACACUGCCUGGUAGCCCGCCUAUGUCUGGUAACGCGAGUCCCAAUUCGCUAUGUAGUACGGUUAACGCAAGCAAAAGAAUAAGUUGCACAUGGGGUGCGGUAAAUAACAUUAGGUUGCGGCUCUAUGGACAUGAAAUUCUUUACUUGGGAUAAUGUUGUACUCUUGGGAAAGGGAAGUGCUCACCGGAUAGAGGAAAUUGUUUAACUGACGUUUCGAAGAGCUUGGGCGGCUCGCCAUUAUCAAAGCGUCUAGUGCAAAAGUCGAUCAUACUCUUGAAUAGACAGCCGAAUUAGUUGACCUUUGGCUGUACGCUUGUGGUUGAUGCAGACACCCCGUGCUGAGGUGGCAGACCUUUAAAUGUCUCGUCUUCUUUCAUUACCUACGAUUGUUGUCAUAACGUUGUCGGAACCAUGCUAGAUGGAGAUAUGUGCUGGCCAACUGCGACAUCAAGACGCUUGACAUUUAAGUGCUUACUGGCCGAUAUCGGUCAGGUCAUUGGACAUAAUUGACGGUGUCGGACUUGAGCCGCUAGUAAAUUAUGCUUCGCUUAUUUAACAGGCAGUUAUCUAAGCCGUCAGUUAUUGCGUUAGCGACAGUGGUGACCUCGACGUGGUCCUAACACGCGGACGACACUUUAGUACUUCCUUACAUCCCUGCUAGCACUAGCCCCGUCUGGCCCCGUAUAGCCCCCGGGGCCAGACGGGGCUGGGCCCCGUUUGGGCGGGGCUACGGACGGGGCUACGACGGGGCUACGACGGGGCUGUGGACUCGAUAGCCCCGUCUGGCCCUGUCCUCGAAAAAAAAGCGCAGGGGGACGCCAUGCUUGAGCACGGAGAUCUCCUUGAUCAUAACCCCAAAUUUACGUUACCAGUAUUUUCCCUUUCCUAAUUCUCCGUACAGUAGGUUAUACUAUUCAACUUUUGAUCGCUGUACAUCCAUAACCCUUACGUGAACAAUAUGUUACUCACCUUCAUUUACAAUAGUGAAUGCAAGCUAAAAAGCUUAUAUUUAACGAUAAGAGAGCGAAAUCUGUCUAAAAUAAUGCAGAAUGACGUCAUUAGAAAGGAUGGAAAUUCACAAAAAUUUGGACGGGGCCUGGCCCCGUCUAGCCCUGUCUGGCCCCCGGGGCCAUGUGUUGGCAGGGAUUGCACCAUUAGAACCGAGGCCCUGUAGUUGCCACUGGCGUUCUGAGUAACUUUUCGCAAAAUUAGUCAAGUAUCUGUUAGACUGGAAUAGAAGACACAGGUAAGUCAUUUCUAGUACACCUGGUGGAAGAUAAUUAAGUCAUAGUUGCUUUUUUUGGAUCGCAGAACGAUCGGCUUCGUGUUUGAUCUUAGCAUUAGAAUCUUUAUGACGAACGGAUGGAGCGAGGCUCCCACCGUGCAAUCCCUGAAUAUAUUUACCACUAGAAAUCCGAGGAUAUUUCAUCCUGUUUUUUGAGAGGGAAUUUUAUUGGCAGAAUGUUGCUGCCGACAACGACAAGGAACGGCCAUCUCCGGCUUAUUAACCGUCGUCAGCCAGUUAUACCCAACCCCGAAGUGUGGAACACCCGAGCCUCGAACUCGCGACCUGCUAAGCAGAAGUCCAACGCCCUAACCACUGGGCCACGAGCCCGUUGCCCUGUCGGUUUCGAUCGGGAAUAUAUCAUUGUGGAGGGGCGCUCACCGAUCAUGCACCGAUGUGCGGCUGCUGGUUGGGCUCGAGAGAGAGUCCGUAAGGCGUAAUGGAAUGAGUAAGUUCCGUAAGAACGAUCGGUGAGCGCCCCUUCACCAUAGUGAAUUCUGUAUUUGCGAAAAUGACAUGUGGACUCUGCUGUAGUUUUGCGUUCCACAUUUUCUCAUAUUGACAGAGGCGUCAUCUACGUCACGGGGCCAUAUUAUUUUGCCUGAGAUUUCGAAUAGACCAUACCUCCAACUGUUUUAAGAUUGCUUCGAUCAGUAGUUCGGAUACUAACGAGUCCAUCGGGGUGUCGCCAUCCUCUUGUCAUCAAAUUGAUAGUAAUUCUCAAGGUGGCGUUUAAACAGGUCGAGAACGUGCUGGGUUGGAAUGCUGUUAGGAUUAUCCCGUGGGCACCUAGACACGCCUGAGGGAAACAGAACAAUGACGCUGAACGAUCGAAUGCAUUUAGAAGGAUUUAUUUUAUGACUUUGGGCCUUCGGGAAGUGCUGAUGGAAACCCCACCUCUCGCUAUUUAUUUCUCCCGAAGACAGACUGAUACAACCUGCUUAAAAAUCAGCGAGAACAGAUCAACCUUUCCAAAACCAAAUUUUUCGCACGUGUACAUGUAUACAUACGGAGGGAGAAGACUCGUAGGACACCCUGAGUAGCCUACAGAUCAACCCAAAGUCAUGAGAAGACCUAGCAUAGGACUGACUGACUGGAGCAGCGAUCUACGAGACCAACUGAAUUGCUGCUGUCAAAGCCAAAAGGGAAUUGCGCAAGCCCCAGGCGUCCUUGGUCCGCAACGUCAAUACCCAAGCCCUCCUAACAUGCCCGCGCUCGCAAUGCACAUUCUGCGCCCAGAUCAGCCCCGCCGAAAAUCUCCGGACUCAACACACCAGCCCAGUAGCCCUAACUGCUGUUUCUCAGGCCGCCCCUGCGGCGUCAACUACGACGGCCGCUGUAAGCACUGAUGCCAAAUAUCUCUAUGCCUCACAAUCAUUGGUCAGUGCCAUAUUCAUAAUCUCUACCAUAGCCUCCGCCUCGACGACGCCGGCUGCCAAACCUUCUACUCUUACCACCGUACGAAAUCUCUCCCGACUGUACGCCAACCGCCAUCCUCAGCAUUACCAAUCCCCACCCCAGCGAUGUGGACUCGAUCCUGACUUACCCCUGUCGCGGCCUCACGCAUUGGCCUGGCCGGUCUCCUGCGAAUCCUUCGUAUUGCGACUGGCGCACCGGUGCCAAAGCCCCAACAGGCACUCGCCGAAUCAGCCUGUACUAUCUAAACUGUCCAUGCACGCUCACACACCGCAUGGGCAUAAAUGGUCACACACGUAUCCAUAAAAACGAAAUCCACAGCACUUAGCAGGACUUGCACGUUCACCAUCUCUCCCAUUUUCAGUCCAAUCAACUUGCCUUUAACCAAUCUGACCACCACCAGCAGCGCCACAAUAACAACCAACCAGACAUUUCCAACCUAUUGUCAAUAGAAGCGAAGAGACGAGUCCCAGGAACUUGUCCUGAAGAAGGCGAAACGAUCGCUGGGACAAAAGCUUUAUUAGCCUGACUUUUCGGAUUCCUGCUCGAACCCAUCACCAGAGUCAGCAGCAGAUACGGGUGAUUCACGCACAAGGGGCUGCAGUAUUUAUAGGAUGCAGUCGCCAUGCUACCGCAUGCCUAUGAACAUUCACGGCUCCCCCCCCCUCCCCCCUUCAUCCGGGAUCGUUGCGCUUGUUGUGCUAAUUGUUUGAUAGCCGACACUCACGUCGUUAAUUGCUGCAAUUUUAUCACAUGCGUUGAAUGUUGGUGUGAUGAUUGCGCGACCAUCUGACGCAUCGACCCUGGUGUUGGGACAAGUGUUCACAUGUGCGCUCCCCGCGUGUCUAAUUACUCCGCCUAGGCGAAGUUUCAGCACCGAGCAUGCAAGGGGAAGUUCAUUGCACUUUUUAACUGAGUGGGGGCCAGUAAACCAACACCAGGGUCCCAACACCAGGGUCGAUGCGUCAGAUGGUCGAGCAAUCAUCCCACCAACAUCCAACGCACGUGAUGAAAUUGCAGCAAUUAUUGACUCGAAUGUCGGCCAUCAAGCAAUGAUCACACCAAGGGCGACGAUCCCGGAUGAAGGGGGGAGCCGUGAAUGUUCAUAGGUAUACGGUAGCAUGGCUACUGCAUCCUAUAAAUACCGCAGCCCCUUGUGCAACAACCACCCGUUUCUGCUUUUUUGUCUCUGAUGAUGGAUUCGAGUAGGAAUCCGAGGCGUCAGGCUAAUAAAGCUCUUGUCCCGGCGAUCGUGUAUCCUUCUUCAAAAAUCUCCAACCUAUCUUGUCCACAUUGUCACCGAACGUUUACCUCACGUAUCGGCCUAUUCGGUCACUUGCGAAUCCAUCGCAAAGAGACUGGUAGACCAGUGCCUGGAACACCGGCACACAUCAAAAGUCACCGCCUCAGUUACCUGCAUUGUCCCUGCACACUGGGUCAUCGCAUUGGCCUAUCUGGUCAUAUGCGCAUUUAUAAAAAACUUGCGGUAAAUCACCGCGGUCAUGACCACGCACUUCCCCAUCAACACAUAUAUCACUCACAAACACCUCCAAAACUCCACACCACCUUUCAAGUAAGUAGCAAGUGUGCUUUUUGACCCACCUCUCCCUGUGUCUCCUCUGUUGCAUGCGAAAUCCGAGUAUUCUACCCCCUUGUGUGUGAAAUGUUGGUGUGUGCGUACGGUGGGUCAGGUCGAGCUGUUAUCAGCUCUGUCAGCCGCCUCUCCUAAUCUCAGCAUCACUAGGUUGACCGGUUCAGGCAGUCGACUGAGGGAGGUAGACUCUCAACUCAUAAUUCCUCACUAUAAACCACCUGACGCGCUCGUGGUUAACACGUUAUGUCAAAAAGCCGUGGCCGAAUGUUGCCAACUGACGCUUCAACCCAGAGCUCGCAGUCAAUCCAGCGUGUGUUUGUGAGUUGGCUGACUGUCUGGUGGGGCGAGAGUCAGACUAAGAUGGCUCCUUCUUAGUGGCACUCUCUCACACAUGUAAGAUCCAACCGCUUACCCUUGUGUGAGUAAUCCUUGUGCGUGUGCUUGGGGGGGGGGGCAGGUCGUGCAUGCGACGCACGCUGAUGGGUGCUCUAGACUCGUCAUCCACUUCGCUCACUUCCUGUAUCAGACAUCUGACCAUCACAGACAGUGUGUUUGCGCCUGAGAGUGGGUAGAUAUUGUGAUGUCGACGGUCUCGGCGCAUAUUCCUCUCUAUAAUCAUUCUGACGUGCCUGAGACUACCAUACAGCGCUAAAAGUCGUGGUCUGGAAGGUUGCCAACACCUGACGAGAUAACUCGGACCUCGCAGUUGGCCCAACGCGUGUCUGUAUGGAGUGGCGGACUGGUGGGCUGAGAACCAGGGUUCAAUGGUUUCUUAUUAAUGUGGCCUCUAUGCGUUCUCAUCUAGUAGGCUCCGAGCCGCACCAUCGUCUCCUGUUGUGUAAAAUCCUGGUCAGUGUACGUUGUGGAUCAGAGGGUGUGGUGGCUCGCGAGUUUUCACCCUCUCCCGCCUCCGGUCUUCUUGAUUUUAUCUUGACACCAGAUCCAGGUGGGGGAGAAGGAACGGAUUCGGUAGAUGUUACGCUAGUCCGCUAUAACUUUAAACUUACGCGCACUGUUGUGCAGCACACGGUGAACAUAGUCGGCAUCUGCAUCGUGUUGUACUUCUGACUAACAGGUCGCGAGUUCGAUCUCCAGGUGUUCCACACUUCGGGGUUGGGUGUGAUUAGUUAAUGAGCCAGAAAUGGCCAUUCCCGUCCCGCUUGCUUUUGUCGGUAAUGUUAUUCUGCCUAUAUCCUGCACCGCUGUGCGGCCACUGACUGGGCUCGAGAGAAAGACCUAAGGCACAACAGGACGAGUGAGUUCCGUAUCCGAAAGGAUCAUAUGCUGAGGUCAUUCUAAAUUAUGGGAGCAGCUCAAAAAAGAACAGCAAUGACAAUCUCCUAUGGAAAGAAACAGCUCCCCUGUAUCGGUUGUUUCAGUCCAACGUAUGUCCAAUCAGUUUUGCGAAGAACUGCCUCAAACACCAGGCACAACCUCAAGGCGCAACACUCUAAAUGGACAAGUCGUGGCACAGAAAUUUUUCUCCCCAUCCUAUAAACAGGGAACCUCUGAAGUGAUCGUCCGGCAAUUAUAUCGGUUCGCCAUCCGCAUUGCCCACAAGUCAGAAUUCUCUCGAAUAACGUAUCAUAUCCUAAUAGAGCUAAAAACAAAUGUGACCCAUUGCAUCCCCUGUGCUAAUUGCCCCUGCGUGUAUUUUGGUCAUACGGUCGACGCAUGGGCACCCUUACUCAUGGACGCAAACCAACUGCCCGUCACCGUCACCCACCGCCCCUCGCCCUUGCUCACACAUGCAAGCUCGACUACCGAUUUAAUUGAGAUGACACUGAGGUCGUUAUCGUGGCCAACACAAAACGAGCGCGUGAAUUCCUUGAGACUCAGUGCUCCAAUGCAAACAGUACUAAGUGCCAUGAUGACUUAGACGCCCAUUUUGAGGGCCUACAAUCACGGCCAACCGCGCUCUGCCCCCAUGCCACAUCAAGGACCGCUAAUCCAGUCGACCGCAUUCCCGCUAACCUACCAUCCUUCCUCAUAGGGUGAAACACAACAAUAUAGGAUAAAGUCAACCAGGAACUUCGCCUACAUAAUACCGCUUAUAUUCGUGAUCAUCAUAGCGAGCUCUAAACGUGUUAUCACAUAUGAUUUUAGUUUCAGUGGUAUUGGAGAAACAUCCGCUCAAAUUCCGGGAGUGGUUUGGCCAUAGAAGUCAAUCCCUGCAGAACCUAUCGGAGUUUAGUUCAUUCUGUCCCCCAAACGAACCACCUGAAGAUGCCCAGGAAUAACACGGGCUCAUAUCGGAUACUAGCAGGCAUUAUCCGAAUGAGCACCAUAAAAGAUGCCAACUGGCAGACCCCGUUGCCGCCUGACGUCGCGCACAGUGGGAACCCUGCCGACCUCCCUUGUUGUUGGUGGUUAAGAUUCUCGUCAUUUGCUGUUUGGAACAGGGGACGUGGAGUGAAGCGCCAAGGUGCGGACCCGACCGUGACAUCCAGCUGCGCUCUCCCCGCCUUCGGUCAUCUUGACUCUGUCUUGACAGAGGGUGCAGUCGGGGAGGAGGGGAAGGAGGAGGGAGAGGAGGAGGAGGAGGGGGAGGAGGAGUGGGAGGAGAGGGUGCGGUAG